UUUUAAAACAUCUGAAUGUUGCAAACAGAUCAAAUCUUAACCCCAAAGUUCAAAGUUUCAUAGAAGAUUCACUAAAAAUUCACAAGUAAUCUAAUACAGCUCUAUAAAGCACUAAUAAAAAAACAUCUAUUUAUACAGUAAAAUGAUCAGUGCUCCCUAAGAUUGGCUGCAAGUUCUUAAAUCGCUUCAUAAAGAAUAUGGGUAACCAGCACUUCAAAAGGGGAAAAGACGGUGACGAUAUCAUAUCAAGAAAAUCGCUGGAAGUGGUGAAAGAUGUAAUUUCUCUAUUGAAGCAACAUUCAAGGGAGGAAGGACUGUUUCGUCGAUCUGGUCGACAAAUUCUACGACAGCAGAUUCUUCAGUCUUUGAAGAAAGGGGAAAAGCUUCAGGUCCCGAACUCUCCCGAUACGGCGAAGGAAUGCGCAGCAGCGCUGCAGUUGUACUUGGCGCAGAUGAAGUCGCCUGUCAUUCCUACGAGAGUACAGCAAUUACUUAUCGCUGAGAAUCCAGGAAUAACGGCUCACACCAUAGCCCGAGAUGCGCUGGGCAUAAUCCGCCAAGACGUCAUGGGGCGUCACAGUGAGCUUCUGGUCGACCUCCUAGGACUUCUCAACCACCUGUUGCUGUGUUCGCCAGCAUCCGAACGCACCGAAUUGCAGGCGCCAACUUUGGUCUCCACAUUCUUACCGGUUUUCUUCAAUUUAGCAUCCGACGAUGUGACAAAGUGGCGCCAAGUCGCUGCGAGACUCAACGAACUCGUGAUGGAAGCUCCCAAGCAUUUGUACAAGAUGAAAAAUUCGUGCGCGACCGAUCUCGAGCUUUCGAGCGAAACCAACGCGUUCGUCAGACUACGAGAAUUGUCGCUGUUUUAUCCGAUUGUGAGGCUGGUCGAGAAUAAUAGGAACAACUAUCAGCAAUUUGGAGAAACGCGAGCUUUGGCUCGCGCGAUUCGUCGACCGCUGGUUGGAAGACUUCACCCUGUUAUCAUAAGGACGAGAGCGUGACUUUGAGAAUGAAAAUUUAUAACUUUUGGGAACAAACAAGGUGACUCUGGUGGUCCUCUUGUGGCUGACGGUAUCCAAAUUGCUAUUGUCUCCUUUGGAAUACCAUGCGCUAGAGGAAAGCCCGACGUCUUUACCAGAAGUUACACUUUCAUCAGCUGGAUCAACGAGAAAAUGGCUCAGCACUAGAACAGUCGUUACUCGAGCCAGACUUUUUUACGAUAUUGUAAAAAAUUCGAUUUGGAUUAAUAAAACAGUCCACGAUA